AUGAUGGAACCUCAAAGAGUUGAUAACAAUAAGAUUAAUAACAUCCAUGGUCCAGAACAAGUAUCAAAGGACUCAAAUACAUUUAAGAAAAAUUAUAUAAUGAAUAAAAUUGAAAAUGAUAUUGAUAGAGAUUCAGUGGAUCCAAAACAAAUUACUGAUUUUAAUACUGAAACAAAUUAUACAACAAAUCUUAAUAAUUUGACGUCGUCUCUGCCGAAGCCUGAUAAAAAAUCUUCACCUAUUGCUUUUAAUGCUCCAUUUAAUCCUGCAUAUAUACCUGAUAGUACAACAAAACAACAAAAUAUUGAGACUUCUGAUUCUGAAUUUUCACCAUAUUCCAAACAUUUAACUUCGCAAUUGGAGUCAAGGGAAGAUUCAAAUACAAUGCAUACCGAAAAACCUAUGAAAAGAUUAGGAAGUAUUCAUGGUAAAACCACAGAGAUUGCUGAAGCCCAAAUUGCAAAUAAAAGAUGGGAUUGGAAUAGUUUACCAUCUUCACAUAAUGCCCCUCUAGAGAUUGCGGAUGGUUAUAAUGUAGCUUCAAUCUCAAUAGAUGGUGAAAUGAAAUCAAUUAAAUAUGACCCAAAAUAUAAUAAAAUUUUACCUCAAAUGGAUUUAUUUCUUAGAUUUAAUCAAGAAUCAACUAUGAGAGAAGCUUUACUUUUUGCUAAGAAAAGAUUAAAAUCAUAUGCAAAAUUUUUAGAUCAGUAUAUUAAACAAUUAUCAAACGGUGAUGGUCACGUAUUAAAUUUCAAUUCAGAUAUCAAUUUAUUAACAUCAGAUACAAAUGAAUCGCAAGUAAUGGAAGUAAUACAAUUAUGGAGUUUUCAAAUAGAAACUUAUUUUGCGCAAGCAAAUUCUUUACUUUUCAGUCCAGAAGUUACUCAAAGUUUAAUAAAUAGAAGAUCCCAAAGACGAAAAUCAACUACAACAUCAGCAGAUGAAACUGUUUAUACACAAAAAUCUGACUCUAAUAGAUCACUCCCACGUUCAGAUCAAACUGCUACAAUAAUGGACCCUUUAGAAGAUAUAGAUAUAUUGUUAUUGAGACCCUUGGUGACUCAAGAAAUUGGGUGGCAGUUAGCGUACAAUGAACCUCAAAUUACUGUGGCUGAUUACGCAUUAAAUGUUGCUCCAUGGAAGGAAUCAGAUGAAGAUAGUAAUUCAAAAUUGCUAGAAUUUAUGGAAGGUACAGAUAAAACUUACAAUUAUGGUGUUGGUACCACUAUAACUUCUGAAUUAAAUGAUAUUAUACAUAUUAAUAAUUUGAAUUCACCAGAAUAUUUAUUAGAUUGUAUGGAUAGAAAAUUUAGUGACAGAAAACCGUUUGAUAUUAGAAAAUUUGGAUCUCAAGAUGUGGGCAACAAUAUAGAUGAUAAUAAUGAUGUUAGUUCCAUCACUAGAUCAGAGCAUUCAAUUAAUUUUCAUAAGGAUUUAAGUGAUAAUACGAGUAUUAAAUCUUAUGCAGCACCUUCAUCUGCAUCUACAAAUAAAAAGAAACGUAAGGACUAUAAACCAAAAAAAUCAGGAUUUGUUAAUUUUUUUAGAAGGAAACACACCUCAGUAUCUACGCCUGUUAACGAAAAUACAACAUUGCAUACACAAGCACAGCCACCAGAACUCUUAGCGAGUCGCUCCACUAUUGGAACUAUUCCUACUACUUCAGGUUUUAAUGUAACUAAUACAGCACCGGUGUUUGAUAAGCCACUAUCAAAUCAACCAAAUACAUUUGAUUCGAUUGAUGAGUCUAUUGCUAAACCAACUAAAUUUAAUGAAAAUGAAUUACAAAACGAAUGGUUAGAAAAUCAUUUCUGUGAAAUUUUGAGUAAUUAUAAAAGAGUUGGUAUUCCUACUCAAUAUUAUUUUCCAAGAAACAAAUCAUCAGGUUUGACACGCGAAGUUUCCCCAGGAUCUCAAGUAAAAAUUGCACCAGAUUCAUCACAGGAAAGUGUAAACAGUGAGGAACAUUUACGAGCACAUAACAAAGUGACCAAUAGAGGUUACCACGGUAGAGAGCUGCUUCAAUUAAGGUUACCAUUCAAUAGGGAUAGUGUCCCAGCUAUAUUAUGUCCUUGGAUUUGGACAACUCUGACGAGAACAAAAUGGGGGAACCUAUUAAGAGAAAUAAAGAGAUGCUUACAACCAGGAGGUUAUAUAUUAGCACUUGCUACCGAUUUGAGAGUUUCAAACUCUGAAUAUACUGGACAUCCAGAGGCUAGUGCCGAAUUUAAAACUUCGGUUGAGAGAAAUAGGGUCUUUGACCUUUUGUCAAUUGAAGCAAUGAACAAAGGUCUCCAUAUAUAUCCGACUAAACAUUUAGCGAGAAAAUUCAAAGAAUGUGGGUUUGUUAAUAUUAAAACCACUACUUUAAGUUUGAAAUCUGGUGAUUUAAAGACAAAUAUGGGUUGUAUUAACGAGUUUAUGAUAACUCUUUUGUGGCAUUUAUUAACGGGUUCUAAUAUUGGUAAAGAAGGUUCAUCAUCAACUCUGAAAGUAGACAAUAUAAUUGAAAGAUAUAUUAAAGAACAUUGGGAAAAAGUUGAUGAUCAUGCAGGUUGUCUCAGAACAAUCUUCAUUGUGGCACAAAAGCCCAAAACUUAA